AACUCCUUUCGGAGAAAUAAAACAACGACGCGUUAAUAUAAUUAUAAAUAAAAAACAACAAGGCUGUCGUGUGGACUGCGGACGAGAUGACCGUGACAGCGAGUGAUAAUAACACGGAGAGCGGAGCCGGGCAGCCCGGUGAAUCAUCGGCUGUUUUCGUUUGCAGACGGACUCUCUCGGACGACGAGCUUCCGUUGAGGAGAUUUGGGAUGAACGAUUCCUUCCGCUCCGGAUCUCUCUCCUGGAUUUACAGAGACGAGAAGGCGCUGGAUUAUAGCGGGCCUGACCGGAUCAGAACCCGCUGCGUGUGAGACAGAGAGACAGGGGGAAGCAGACGAACACUGAGACGGGUUCUGUGAGCCCCAGUGUGAGUGAGCCCCUGGUUCUGUGUGCCCCAGUGUGAGUGAGCCCCUGGUUCUGUGUGCCCCAGUGUGAGUGAGCCCCUGGUUCUGUGAGCCCCUGGUUCUGUGUGCCCCAGUGUGAGUGAGCCCCUGGUUCUGUGAGCCCCAGUGUGAGUGAGCCCCUGGUUCUGUGAGCCCCAGUGUGAGUGAGCCCCUGGUUCUGUGAGCCCCAGUGUGAGUGAGCCCCUGGUUCUGUGAGCCCCAGUGUGAGUGAGCCCCUGGUUCUGUGAGCCCCUGGUUCUGUGAGCCCCAGUGUGAGUGAGUCCCUGGUUCUGUGAGCCCCAGUGUGAGUGAGCCCCUGGUUCUGUGAGCCCCAGUGUGAGUGAGCCCCUGGUUCUGUGAGCCCCAGUGUGAGUGAGCCCCUGGUUCUGUGAGCCCCAGUGUGAGUGAGCCCCUGGUUCUGUGAGCUCCAGUGUGAGUGAGCCCCUGGUUCUGUGAGCCCCAGUGUGAGUGAGCCCCUGGUUCUGUGUGCCCCAGUGUGAGUGAGCCCCUGGUUCUGUUCGGAGCCCCACGAUGUCCCGCAAGCAGGCAGUGAAGCCGGGCCGCCCCCACAGGAAGUGCUCUGUGGAGAGGAAGCGUGACGAGCGGGCGGUGCGCAGAGCGCUGGCGAAGGAGCGCCGGAACCGAGCGCAGGGGGGCGGGGCCGACGAGGACGAGGAGGAGGAGUUUGUCAGCUUCACCAAUCAGCUGCAAGCACUCGGCCUCAAACUGAGAGAGGUGCCUGGAGACGGUAACUGCCUGUUCCGGGCCCUGGGGGACCAACUGGAGGGCCACUCCCGGAACCACCUGAAGCUCCGGCGCGAGACGGUGGAGUUCAUGAUCGCGCAGCGGAACGACUUCGAGCCCUUCGUGGAGGACGACGUGCCCUUCGAGAAACACGUGGCGAGCCUGGGGAAGUCCGGUACCUUCGCUGGGAACGAUGCCAUCGUGGCCUUCGCCCGGAACCACGGGGUCACCGUGGUGAUCCACCAGGUCAACGCGCCGCUGUGGCAGAUCCGGGGGUCGGAGAAGCCGAUUGGCCGCGAGCUGCACAUCGCCUAUCGCCAUGGCGAGCACUAUGAUAGCGUGCGCAGGAUUGGAGACAACUCUGAGAGUCCCGCCCACCUGAGGACAGAGACUCUGAGUCACGGUGGGGAGUCCCAGGUGGAUCGGAACCGGUACCGGCCCGCGAGCCCAGCUGGGGGGGACCCCGGGGGGGAGGUGUCGGAGUGGGGGGGCUGCACGGACACAGCGCUCAUCCUGCAGAGUCUGGAGGCUGUGAAUGAUAACAUCGAGACAGCAGUGAGCUCGCUGCUUCAGGGCCCGGGAACACACAGGCACACCCCCGACUCGGAACUCCAGGGGGGGCUGUGGCAGGACUCCGGCUCGGGCGCGCGAAUCUUCGGGAGUCCUGCAGAGAACAACCGGACCUGCGGAACCAGAACCGAGUCAGAGGAGACCAGCGCUGCCAAGAACAGGAGUGUCAAGGUUUCCAGUAAGCAGCGCAAGGAGCAGCAGCGGCUGGAGAAGAAGAGUCGCCAGGAGGAGAAGCACAGACAGAGAGCCCGGGAGAACCAGAACCAGAACCAGGACCAGGACCUGGACCCAGACAGCGGGGUCCACCUGGUCAGGACAUUCUCCACACUCAACAUCUAGCUGAGCCCUCAACCCGACCGACAGCCCAGGGGAGCUGCUGUGGCCUGUGAUGACCUGCGCAGCACGGGCACUACAGGAAUUGUGGGGGCUGUAGUUUCAUUAAGAGGUCUGUGUGUAAUAAAACUCCAACUCCCAUGCUCCUCUGCUGCAGAGGACAUUCACAGCGGUUUCUGCUUUUUUUUUGUUCUUUUAGACGGGGUCAUUUGAAAUUGUUUUGUUUUUGAUCUGAGUGUCUCACCUGGUGAAAUGAAUAUCAACAGUAAUGACAUGAAUAAAUGGAGGGAUGCCUGCA